AUGGGCGGCCCCAAUAAUGGUGCGCCUGGCCCCUUGGGCCAACCCGUCAUCAACAAGUUUCCGCCUUUCCAGCUGGAAGGCGAGGGAGACCGCGUGCUCAGCAAGCGCAAGCUCGACGAGCUUGUCCGCCAAGUGACUGGUGGAUCGGAGGAUGCCUUGACGCCCGAAGUGGAGGAGGCCAUGCUUCAACUUGCAGAUGAUUUUGUGGACACGGUGAUUACGUCGGCCUGCAAAUUGGCGAAGCUGCGCGAGUCGCCCAACCUUGAGAUCCGCGACCUCCAGGUGGUUCUUGAGCGCAACUAUAACAUCCGCAUCCCUGGUUAUGCUUCGGAUGAAGUGCGUACAGUGCGCAAGGUCGUGCCCGCCCCUGGGUGGACGCAGAAGAUGAACGCUGUUCAAGCUGCCAAGGUGAUGGGGGGGAAGAGCGAUAUCUGA